UCACCGCCGAGCCUAUUUGCAUAGAGCGACUUGUGACAGUCCCUGAUUUUUUACCCUGGGAUCUUCCUCCUUCCUCCUCUGUCUGAGUCUGAGCGAUACCUUGACUGGCCUUCCAAUGCAAGCAGGAGCAGCUCCCCAGAGCAGGCCUGAGGAGGUGGAUGAGAACUUGCAUCACUGGAUCCAACCCACACCUUCACACAAGAGCCAUGCCAGUGAGAAACCGCAGCAGCACAGUGGUGCAGGAGAGGCUGAAGUCGGGCUCUGGCACCGUGGCCCAGCUCUGACUGCCCAUCCACGUCAAGUGCCGGAGGAGAACGCAGCGGCACCAACAGAUAAGCUGAGACCACCAACCCAAUGGGCUGGUGCUGGCAGUCAUCAGCAGCACUCUGAACCCAUCACACCGUUUCACACCUCGGUCAGUCAUGAUCAACAGUGUGACCUCUCCCGCGAGGAAGCUCAGAUAGAAUCAAGGGAAGCCCUGGAAUCUGAUUUCAAGGAUUUCGUGGGGACAAAUGACCCAGAACAUUUUUCUGGAUUUGGGAAGGACACAUCCCAGAUCUCCCCUGAUACCAGUGUGUUUGCUGCAGUCAAGGCCAAACAGAACCCUUAUGGAAGGGAGGACCCAUCCAGCAUACCUGAGUACAGGGACCAGGAGACAGCAGGGUUACCUCCACCCUUGACCUACAGGAACCCUACGAUGAACCAUGACCAUUCACGUGAUAUUGGGAAGGAUUUGUUUGGCGCACGUCAGCGCUUAACCAAGAGCACUGGCAGCAGUUCAAUGACUAACCUGCCUGGUUGUCAGCACCGGUUAGAACUGCCCAGUCAGGACACUGGGUACGAAUCCCAGGAUGUCUUUGGAAUUGGUCAGCUUGAUCGUCCUGAACCACUGCUUUCCAGACUGAAUGACCUGGAGCCUCAUGGCCCUCUGUGGUACCGGGAAUUUCCCGUAGGAGAAUCCCACAUCUAUCCAAUGCUUCCCUAUCCUAACAUACCAGCCUAUCUCCAUCCAUACCCUCAUGGUGUUCCGCCAUACCGAUAUCAACAGUGUUUGCAACACGUGCAGAUCCCACAUGACGUGAGCUGCAUUCCUCCAGUCUGCAACUGCGUACAGUGCUCUGGCAGCAUGAACCAGAGUGGUCCGCUUCCUCCGCAUCCUCAUGGAAGAUAUAACCAAGAUGCAGCUGUGAGAGAGGUGUCGCCUGCUCAACUACGUGGAUGUGGAGUGGUCAACACCCCACCUCAGUAUGUUCUGAGGUAUCCUUGGAAUGGAGGAGUUCAAAACAACUUCAUCCAGGGCCCACCUCAACAGCAAGAAUUUCAGGAAAACCUAUCUCCUGUAAACAUCAAGAGAAUGAAUGGGAUACCUGGAAUUUUUGAUGAUGUUGGUCCUCAGCCCAAACGGCAUCUUGCACGGAAUGAAAUAUUCCGUCCUCCUCCACCGUCUGGUAAUGUACAAGACAUUCCUGCCAGUGGCAUUGAAGGACGUGGCAGUCUGAGAACCAUUAACCUGCCACAUGCCUUACGAAAGGUAUUUGUAACAUACUCUGUGGACACAGCCAACGAAAUCUGUUUCUUUGUGAACUUCCUGCGCAUUAAUGGCUUUGAGACAGCAAUUGACAUUUUUGAGGACUCAGUUCGUGGAAUGGACAUUAUCAAGUGGAUGGAAGGAUAUCUGACUAAUAGAGAAGUGAUGAUUGUAAUUGCAAUUAGUCCAAAGUACAAGAAGGAUGUCGAGGGAACUGGAUUGGAGCAACUGAAAGAUGAGCACAGCUUGCACACAAAAUACAUCCACAGAAUGAUGCAGAUUGAAUUUAUACAACAAGCAAGCAUGAACUUUAGGUUUAUUCCUGUUCUUUUUCCAAACGCUACCAAGGCACAUGUGCCCAGCUGGCUGCAGAAUACACACAUCUACAACUGGCCAAGAGAUCAGAAGCAAAUCCUCCUCCGACUGCUGAGGGUAGAAGAAUACGUUGCUCCACCAAUUGGACAGUUGCCCACUAUUCAAGCAGUCCCACUUUGAUCCCUUUAAUUUGUUAACCUGCUUUGUUUUGAAUUAACUAUCUACGUACAUUCUUGACUCAAUAGAGGCCGCCUCAUCAAAGUGGACUGUGUAGAGGUUACUGUAAUUGACUAUUGCCAAGCUGGGUCAGUGUUUGGUCAAUAUUUUUCCCAUUGGUGCAUUAUGGUGCAGUUCUGCACCCACUGCCAGGUUCUAUAUUUCAAGGUCAACCCUGGGAUUGCCUGUGACCUGUGUAAGUAUGAAAAGAUGUUUGCAGCAUCAUCAAUUUUCCUGUCAUCCACUAAAUUACUAAUCACACCUCCUACAUCCACACCCAAGUUGUUACUAUAUAUCACAAACAGCAAAGAUCCCAGCACAGAUCCCUGCAGUACACCACUAGUUACAGACUUCCAUGUGUUCCAAUAACUCCAGAAUAUGUCCCAGUCACUUCUGAUGAAUGCAUUCCACCUUAGUGAAAGUUCUGUUUAAUGACUGUACACAAUGCCACUACAAAAUCAUUAUAUCUUUCUUGGGAAUGUUAUUAUCAAAUUGCACUGCAGGCUGUGUGUCAAUUGAAUGCAGUGUGAUUGUAUUAACAUUUUGUGUAAAAAGGUGCGUAAAAUAUUGAGAGGCCCUGACAGGGUACAUGAAGAGGAUAUAUUUUCCUAACCAGAGCAGUCAAUAACCUGUGGACACAGAUUUAAGUUAUUGGUGGAAGGUUUAGCAAAGGCAAUGAGGGAAAAAAAAAUUCAGCUAUAGAAUGAAGAUUCUGCAGCUCACCAUCUGAAAGGUUGGUCAAGACAAAUACCCUUAUCAUGUAAAAUGGGCCUGGAUGAGCCCUUGUAAAGCUGUAACUCACUUGGCUAUGGUUGCAGAGCUGGACAGUCAGGUUAACUCAAUAGCUGCCUUUGUGCUGGCAUGAACAUGAUGAACGGAACGGUCUUCCCUUCUGCUUAAAUUCCAAUGAGUCUAUGAUUUUAACCCUUUGCCAACAGCACGUGUAUUGAUACAUCCAAAUCCGAAAUUGAACAAAAUUUCAAUUUAGCCUGAAAAGGGAGCUGUGAGUGGUGAUGCUUUGUGCAUUACAGCAAUCCCACAGGUAAAUUGGUUUAUUAUUGUCACAUGUAACGAGGUACAGUGAAAAACUUGUCUUGCAUACCGUUCAUACAGAUCAAUUUAUUACACAGUGCUUUGAGGUAGUACAAGGUAAAACAAUAACAGAAUGCAGAAUAAAGUGUUACAUUUACAGAGGAAAGUGCAGUGCAGGCAGACAAUAAGGUCCAAGGUCAUAGCAAGGUAGAUUGUGAGUUCAUCUUAUCGUACUAGGGGACCAUUCAAUAGUCUUAUAACAGGAGGAUAGAAGCUGUCUUUGAGCCUGACAGUACAUGCUUUCAGGCUUUUGUAUCUUCUGCCUGAAGGGAAGAGGGAGAAGAGAGAAUGUCCGGUGUGGGAGGGGUCUUUGACUAUGCUGGCUGCUUUACCGAGGCAGAGAAGUGUGGACAGAGUCCAUGGAGGGGAGGCUGGUUUCCGUGAUGUGCUGAGCUGUGUCCACAACUCUCACAGUUUCUUGCAGUCACAGGCAGAGCAGUUGCUAUACCAAGCCGUGAUACAUCCAGAUAGAAUGCUUUCUAUGGUGCAUCAAUAAAAAUUGAUGAGAGUCAAAGGGGACAUGCCAAAUUUCUUUAGCCUCCUGAGGAAGUAGAGGCACUGGUGAGCUUUCUUGGCCGUGGCAUUUACGUGGUUGGACCAGGACAGGCUGUUGGUGAUGUUCACUCCUAAGAACUUGAAGCUCUCAACCCUCUUGACCUCAGCACUGUUGAUGUAGACAGGAGCAUGUGCACCAUCCCCUAUCCUGAAGUCAAUGACCAGUUCUUUUGUUUUGCUGACAUUGAGGGAAAGGUUGUUGUCAUGUCACUAAGCUCUCUAUCUCCUUCCUGUACUCUGACUCAUUGUUAUUUGAGAUCCAGCCCACUCUGGUGGUAUCAUCUGCAAACUUGUAGAUGGAGUUAGAGCAGAAUCUGGCCACACAGUCGUGAGUGUAUAGGGAGUAGAGUAGGGGGCUGAAGACGCAGCCUUGGGGUCACCAAUGUUGAGGAUAAUUGUGGCAGAGGUGUCGCUGCCUAUUCUUACUGAUUGUGGUCUGUUGGUCAGGAAGUCAAGGAUCUAGUUGCAGAGGGUGGUGUUGAGUCCCAGGUCUCGGAACUGAAGAGUGAGUAAUACCGUGCACGUCUCUGCAAUGUACACUUUAGAGAAAAUGAUAAUGAGCAGGUUAAUGCAUCCUACAUGCUGGGUAUCCAUCAGUCAGGCAACAUCUCUCACGUGACAUACUUUUUUAAAAAGCCCUCCACCUGGUGAGCAGUCGGAAGGUGUCAAGACGGGUAACAGAAGUCCCGUCCCAGCUGGCCUGACUGCUCUCGAUGACAGAGUCAUCACAGAAGGAGGAACUCCUGCCCAAGCUCUUUUGCUUCCUGUUAUCUAUUUUCAGAGUGACCACAAGCAAUGGGCGGGGGAUGGGAAGCUCAUUGCCAGAGGCCCGAGAGAAAGCAGAACAAUAAGAACUUUGAUAGACAACCUCUGGUUACAAAAAACUUCUUUUCCUUUUUUAACGCGUCCUUUCUCACUCAGGUCCUCAGCUCUGCUGUUUGCCACAGGCACUCCGGCCAUUAGCAAGUGCCACAUUUGAACUGCUCUCUUAGUAAAGACAUUGCUCCUGACUUCCCUGUUGAAUUUAUGAAAGAAGGGAAAACAAGGGCCACAUUUUAUGUCGUGCCUUUCACGAAUUUAGGAUGCCUCAAAGCACUUAACAGCCAAUGAGGUACUUUCCUAGAUGAUGCAAGAAUGUAAUGCAGACACUUUACACUAGUAAGUUCCUCUGUCAGGGAUAUGUUAAUGGCCAGGACUCUGUGGGUAACUCCCAUGCCCUUCCUAGAAGUAGUUCUACUGGCCUUUUUAUGUCCACUUUAGACGGCAGGUUCGAAUAAAAGUUUCCUCUCUCCUAUUAUGGGCCUGCUGCAGAUGCUAUUACAGGCAGUCCCCAGUUUACAACAGGGCUCCAAUCCUGAGAACUGUUCGUCAGUCAGAAAUGAACAAAAAUGGCGCGCAGGAGAGGGUCACAGAAACAGCUGUGAUAGGGGACCGAGCAGGCGCGGGAAGAGUGGCCGCCAGCUGGCCUUGCUUACGCAGUGUGUGAGCAGGUGAGUUUGCUCAGCGCUCACAGCUCUGCUGGGCUCAACCCAGACCUCAAUCGUUGCGGCUCGAGGGGGCGGGUUGGGGAGAGAAGGCACACGGAAAUGCCCCACUUCCACCCAGCAGAAGAUGCCUGCAGCCGGCAAAUCCAUCCCUAUGUAUCCCACUGGUCUCCCAAACGCUCAUUCGUAUGUACGGGAUGUCCAUAAGUUGGAUGUUCUUAACCUGGGGAGGACCUGUAGUGUGUCUCCUUUUCUUUUUUAAUCUUUUUAUUAGUUUUCAAAUUAAUACAGAUUAAUAUAUAACAUCAAUAUUUGUACAUGUAAUACAAAGAGAUCAGGAGAACAAUCAUGGCAUGGAUAAUCAUAAAGAACAAUAAAGUAUAAAAAAAUCUGUAAAUCCAACCAUCUCUUAGUGAAUGAAUAUAAUAUAAAAGAAAGGAAAGAAAAAGAUUUAUUAUAUAAAUAUAAAAGAAAGAAAAAAAGUCCCCAAAACAAUAAGAAAAAUUAUAAACAAUAUAUCAAACCAAACUAAGCUGAACAAAAAAAAUUCAAAAAAAAAACAAACAGGAAAAAAAAUGGACUAAAAUUUCUCAGUAGAAACAGAGCAAUAUUAUGUCGUCAACUCCAUUCCUCUAAGUUGAAAGGUUAUUACAAGGGGAUCUAUAUCAUGUGAAAAUAUUGAAUAAAUGGACUCCAAACUUCCUCAAAUUUAAGCGAAGGAUCAACAAUACCACUCCUAAUUUUUUUCAAGUUUAGACAUGAUAUAAUUUGAGAAAACCAUUGAAAAGUAGUAGGGGGUAUUUGAUCCUUCCAUUUAAGCAAAAUGGAUCGUUUGGCCAUUAAUGUGACAAAGGCAAUCAUACGGUUAGCGGAGACAGAUAGAUGGCCAGACUCUAUCCUUGGUAAUCCAAAAAUUGCAGUGAUAGGGUGAGGUUAUAAAUCAAUAUUCAAUACAUUUGAAAUAAUGUUAAAAAUAUCUUUCCAAUAUUUUUCCAAAAGAGGACAGGACCAAAACAUAUGUGUCAAAGAAGCCACAUUCAAUUUACAUCUGUCACAUAUAGGAUUUAUAUGUUGAUAAAAACGAGCUAGCUUAUCUUUUGACAUAUGGGUCCUGUGAACUACCUUAAACUGUAUCAAAGGAUGCCUGGCACACAUUGAAGAUGUAUUAACUAAAUGAAGAAUUUUCUUCCAUGUCUCUGUAGGUAAAGAUGUCUGGAGUUCACUUUCCCAUUCAUUCUUAAUUUUGUCCAGUGGUUCUGGUUGAAUUUUCAUAAUUAAAUCAUAGAUUAUUACUAUCAAGCCCUUCUGACAAGGAUUAAAACCGAAAAUUUUUUCCGUAAUUUCAGUUUUGUAAGGUGUGGGAAAAGAGGGUAUAGUAGCUUUUAAAAAAUUUCUAAUUUGCAAAUAUCAAAAAAAGUGUGAUCUAGGCAAAUUGUAUUUGUUAGACAAUUGUUCAAAGGAUGAAAAAGUUAUCAAUGAAUAAAUCACGAAAACAUACUAUUCCCUUCCUUUUCCAUAUGGAAAAAGCUGAGUCAACUCUGGAUGGAUGAAAGAAAAAAUUAGAUUGAAUGGGACUUGACAGGUUAAAUUUAUUCAAUCCAAAAAAUUUACGAAAUUGAAACCAUAUUCGUAUUGUAUGUUUAACAAUUGGGUUAAUCCUAUGUUUACUUAAUUUGGUAAGUGCAAAAAGGAGUGGAGCUCCUAAAAUAGAAACUAAUGAAAAUUCAAGUACUGGUUGGGACUCAAGGUGUACCCAUUUGGAGAGUUAAAUUACAUCUGAAUCUUGUAUCCAAAAAAUUAAAUAUCUAAUAUUGAUUGCCCAAUAAUAUAAUCUAAAGUUAGGCAAGGCCAAACCACCAUCCUUUUUUAGUUUUUGUAAAUAUUUCUUACUUAACCUUGGGUUUUUAUUCUGCCAAAUAUAUGAAAGAAUUUUAGAAUCAAUAGUGUCAAAAGAAGAUUUCGGAACAAAAGUUGGAAUCGCUUAAAAUAAAUAUAAAAAUUUUGGUAAAAUAUUCAUCUUAACCACAUUAAUUCGGCCUACCAAUGAUAAAGACAGUGGGGACCAUUUAGUAAAUAAUUGUUUAACAUGGUCAAUUAAAGAUAGUAGAUUAGCUUUAAAUAAGUCCUUAUGUCUCUUGGUAACUUUAACACCUAAAUACAUGAAAUAGUCAGUUACCAAUCUAAAAGGUAAUUGGCUAUAAAUUGGGGUUUGCAUAUUUAAUGGAAAACGUUCGUUCUUAUUAAGAUUUAACCUAUAGCCAGAAAAAACACUGAACUGAUCUAAUAGUGAUAGUACUGCAGGAUAGAUUCCUCUGGAUUAGAAAUAUAAAGUAACAGGUCAUCUGUGUAGAGAGAUAUCUUAUGAAUCUUCUGUCCACGAGUAAUGCCACAUAUAUUUGAAGAAUCCCGAAGUGCAAUAGCCAAGGGUUCUAAAGCAAUAUCAAAUAAAGGGCUUAGUGGGCAGCCUUGUCUAGUACCUUGAAAAAGCCUAAACAAAGGAGAUCUUUGAUUAUUAGUAAGUAUUGAAGCCAUAGGUGCAUAAUAAAUCAUUUUAAUCGCAGAUAUAAAUUUAGGGCUAAAAUUAAAUUUUUGAAGUGUGCUGAAUAGAUAUUCCCAUUUGACUCUGUCAAACGCCUUUUCAGCAUCUAGUGAAACAACAUAUUCUGGAAUUUGGGAUGAAGGGGUAUAUAUAAUAUUCAUUAAUCUCCUAACAUUAAAAUGUAGAUAACGAUUCUGAAUAAAUCCUGUCUGUUCUUCAAAGAUAAUUUGUGGAAGAACCUUUUCUAAUCUAAAGGCCAAUAUUUUGGAAAAUAUUUUGGAAUCUACAUUUAAUAAAGAAAUAGGUCUAUAAGAUGCACAAUCAGUGGGAUCUUUAUCCUUUUUAAGAAUUAAAGAAGUAGUUGCUUCAUAGAAAGAUUGUGGUAGUUUAUCCAUUGAUAGGGCAUCUUUAAAAAUUUUGGCUAACCAGGGAACAAGAAUAUCAGAAAAGGAUUUUAAAAAUUCAGCUGUAUAUCCGUCAGGGCUGUGUGCUUUACCCGAAUUCAUUGAAAAUAUUACUUUCUUUAUUUCUUCCUCCGAAAUGGGAGCAUCUAAUGUAGAGUGUUCAUUUAAAGAUAAUUGGGGAGUCUUCAAAUCUCUUAAAAAUUCAUGUAUUAAUGUAGGAUCCUCAGGGGAUUCUGAUUGGUAUAAAGAAGAAUAAAAUUCUUGAAAGGAUUUGUUAAUUUGAACUUGAUCUAUCCUG